UCAACAGGGAGAGAAGCAGAAUGCUAAUUAAAUUUCCCUGAAUGGCAGCCUGGUGUUAUGAGCUGAGCUGUGUUUAAUGACAUUUGAAAUGUCCAACUGUAUGGGGACGUGUCUUUAACAUAAGCUUGUUCUGGGAUGUCGGGGGAGGACACUGAACUCACUGGUGGAUAAAGUCGUCACAAGCUGUUCCAAAUUUUUCCUGACUGAGGCCUACGAAUGUCCCUAACACUGACAGCUAUGAGCGACAGUGCAGUGACCAGUGGCCAGCAGCAGUGGUCGGGGCCCGGGCAGACACCACAGCCUUCCAGGGGUCCCUAUAUCUCAGUCAUCACAAACAGGACCACCAACCUGAUGAUCCGAGGGGCCAUGCUGUUCUCCGUGGGUGUCUUCUUGGCCCUGGUGCUAAAUUUACUUCAGGUGCAGAGAAACGUCACUCUCUUUCCCCCCGACGUCAUCAGCAGUAUCUUCUCCUCAGCCUGGUGGGUGCCUCCCUGCUGUGGCACGGCCUCAGCAAUGAUUGGGCUGUUGUACCCAUGCAUCGACAGCCGUCUGGGUGAGCCACACAAGUUCAAGCGGGAGUGGUCCAGUGUGAUGCGCUGUGUGGCUGUGUUUGUGGGUAUCAACCACGCCAGUGCUAAAGUGGACUUUGCCAACAACGUCCAGCUGUCGCUGACUCUGGCGGCACUCUCCAUUGGUUUAUGGUGGACGUUUGACCGUUCCCGGAGCGGCUUCGGCCUGGGAGUCAGCAUCGCCCUGCUGGCAACACUGGCCACACAACUUCUGGUUUAUAAUGGAGUCUUUCAGUAUACUUCUCCAGAUUUCCUGUAUAUUCGCUCCUGGUUACCUUGCAUCUUCUUUGCAGGGGUGAUAACUAUGGGAAACAUAGGACGGCAGCUUGCUUUGUAUGAGUACAAAUUCAUUCAGGAAAAGAGCCAUCAGGACUGAGGGAUCUCUCCACCAGGACUGUGCUCAGAAGGACAUAUACUCUGCACCUCCUCAGAGCGAGAGGCAGGCUCAGAACACCUGCCUGCAACGUAGGCCAGGACUGGCUGGCCCUGGACGAGCCAGGAUGAGGCACGUCAAACCAGAGCCGAGCUCCUGAUUGGCUGCCUGCUGCUUUCUGCUGUACAAGACAGUAUUUUUGAUUGGCUCUUGUCAGACCAUCCAGAGCUGGGGGUAGCCACCGGCCUGAGCUGAGCUGAGCUGAAUAGUUUGUUGUGUUUGUGUUUUUUUCUUUGGUGCAGUUUAUCUCAACUUCCCUGUGAAGGGAUUAGCAGUGAAGCAUCUAUCGUUCUUAAGAUCAGCUCCUAUGUUUGAAACCUUUGGCUCAGUUGUGCCAAACACACUGACACGGGGGAUCAGUUUUAAAGUCUGCUCUUAUCUCCUGAGUCGUUCACAUCCUUCAUGUAUCAGUGGAGAACACACAGCCUAGUUAACUUAUAUCUAGAAAGACAUGUAUCUAUACAGCAGGCCUUUUAUUGUAUGUAAUAAGCUUCUAUCUACAUUAGUGUCUUGAUAAAGGAAAUGAUGAUGAGUAGUGUAUGCAUGUCUGCACUGGCUGUGAGGACAGGUCAGUGUGCACCUGCAGUGGACCUCACAGCCACACCUGCCCUGCCUGCCACCAACAUGUUCAGUAUCAGCGGAUCCAAAGAAUCAAAGGAUACAUGAAGGACUGUGCUCUCUUAUUGGACAGUAAUUUACAGCAGUUUUAAGAGAUGAGUUUUAUCCAUACAUGAACACAGGCUUGGUUUUUAAGCACAGUAAGACUUUUUUUUCCUGAAACAUUCUCAAUAAUAUUAGGAAAUUGUUUCUUAAUUUCAGGAAGUAAGAUUUAUCCAAAUACAUAUCUGUAGCCUUCACAGUUUCCUGAUUAAAAAAAUGGGUGAAAAGCAGCAUUUGUUUUCCCCAAAACAGAAGGAAUGCCAAAUUACCCAGCUUAUUGUCAUCUUAGCACUUGAUGGGUAUCACUUAUGAACAAUAGCUUUAAAAACAGUGGUUCCCAAUAGAUCCAGCCAUGGGGUCCCGAACAGACUUGAGCAGUACAUAUUUUAUACAUUCAUUCAUUCCUGAAAUUCCAUAGGGGUGCAUGAUAUGACUGUUAAAGUGUGUGGAGCUGACACACCUGUCCUGACGGUGAAUGCGCUACCUACUUUCAGCUUUUCAGACUAAUAAAUACACAGUAGAAACCCACAAAAUGUUAAGAAAGUUAAUACUCACACCUAUUUUCCUUAUUAAACAGAGAAAUAUAACUGCACACCUUUUGGAUUCAACUUUAUUAACAGAAAAGAAAUAAAACUUUUUUUUAAAAAAAAGAAAUAAAAGAAUAAAAGAAAUACAAAUCUAGUCAGUAAGUCCACUGUUCCAACAUUCACCAGCUCAGAUUUGGUCCGAAUAAAUCCUUAAUUCACUAAGUUAGAUGUGAAAAACAUGCUGUUAUUCCCCAAGGUCUCUCUGUGCCUGCUGGUCGCCAGCUGUUCACAGUCCUGUAACUUCUGCCUUCACCACUAGAUGUCGUUAUGUCUUUCAUCUCAGCUGCCUGUUCGACCAGAAGAGACCAGAGACAGAGCUCUGGUGGUGCGUGUUGUGCACUAAAUACAUUGAGUUUAAUAGUAACAGGAGUCCCUGUAUUUGUGACGGUAUUGAAAAAACAUAACUUCAGGAUUAUUAAAUACCCUGGUAUACUCUAAUACCGCACAAGGCUAGUCCAGAUUUCUCUUAAGUUAUUGUUUCAAUGCCCACACAUGAGAGAAAUGAGCACAUACUCAAUUUCAUUUCACAAAAUAUAAACAAAAAUAAGAAAUAUAUCAUAUUAGAUGAAUAAACAGAAACAACACUUAAAAAUAAAAGCUCUGUUCUGUAGAUUCAGUGUUACCUUCAAAUAAAGUGUGUUUUUUACUAACUUUACACAUUCACCAGUCACUUAAAUUGACUUGCGACCCACUUUUGGACAGCAACCCACCAGUUGGGGACCACUGACCUAAAAUAUGUUAUAGCAAAUAACGGAGAUAGACAGAUACAACCUAUAGAGUCAAAUAGACUAUCUUGGGUGUAUGUAAAGAUCAUUUGUAUGAUCCUAUCUAAUUAAAUCUGUCUAAUUAAUAUUUACUGAUAUAACCCACAAACAGUAGCAUCAAACUAACAUCAUAUACUGUUAUAUUUGCAUUGUGUUUGUACUGGGUUACAUAUGGUGUUAUGAGUCUCUUGAUAUACUUUGAAGCACAUUUGACAGGUUACAGUCAUAAACGUGUUCCUUUGCUCUGAGCUUGGUUUGAUAGUUCACUGCAGGAGCUGUUUGUUGUGAUUUAAAUGCAGCUGCAUUACCGUUAACUGUCCACAGAACAAACCCACGUACAGGUUUUAGCAGUGUUAAAGUCUCCUCUGUAUGCAGUAGGUGUUAGUGGAGUGGCUGGAUCGAGAACCCUAAACUAGUACAUAAAACACAGAAUACAUAAAAACAGGGAGCUCUUCUGUGUCUGUGCGAGGGAUGACUGGAUCAUUCAAGGGACAUUUUUAUAAAAAAAUAGUGAUAAAAAAAACUCCAAAAUGUUGGGUCAAAUUAGAAUUACAGUAUUUAAAUCUAUAAAACAGUGUUUUGUUAUAUGCCAUGAUGUAGGUUAGACAAUAUUGAAAAACAUGAUGGGGGAACCUUUUUGAUGCAUUUUUAGGAGGGUAGCAUAUUUUAUAUCAACAUUGCAGCGACUGUAACUUUUCUGAAAUCCUUCUUUGUUAUUUAACUUCCUAUAGGAUUCAUUAUGUAGUGGAUAAACAGGGAUGAGUGGCUCCAUUCACUUCACUCACCUCUGAAACCUGGACAUGUGCAAUUUGUUGGUAUAAUAAAGACAAUGGCCUUUUGGUAACUGUCUCU